AUGUUGUAUAAGUUGCUCUUGCCAGCUGGUUCAAUAAAGAUCAAACUACCAUGGAUUCCAUCAUCCUUGCGACAGGAAAUAUUAUUCGCAUAUCGUGAUCACCCAUUAGGUGGCCAUUUCGGGGUGAAACGAACAUAUUGUAAAAUAAAAGAUCACUUUUAUUGGCCAAAAAUGUAUAAUUAUGUCGAACAAUAUAUUCAAUCAUGUCGGCAAUGCGCAAGGUUCAAUACCAAACGACGAAAACGCCCAGGGCUCCUACAAACUCAAUCGCCACCAGAAGGUGUUUUCGAGGUGAUGCAGAUGGAUUUCUGGCAAGCUCCCAUUCGAUCGUUAAGUGGUAAUCAGUAUGUGUUAGCCGUUACCGAUCGUCUUUCGAAAUACGUAUUCGCCAAGGCAUUACCCAGUGAAUCGGCCAAGGAUGCCGCAGAAAUGCUAUAUGAAGAUAUUAUUCUGAAUCAUGAAGCAAUUAAGUAUUUACAAUCAGAUUGCGGUACUCAUUUUAAAAACGAGUUAGUGAAUGCACUGACAACAUUAAUUGGUUGUAAACAAUCAUUUUCUGUUCCAUACCACCCGAUGUCGAAUGGUCAAGUGAAGAGAUUCAACGCUACGUUUUGUGAUCAAUUGAAGAAACACAAUGAUGGCAACCUUAACGAUUGGGACGAAUAUUUGCAGUCAAUUGUUCUGGCUUAUAAUUCAGGUAUUCAUGCCACCACCGGAUACACGCCGUACGAAUUAGCCUUCACACAGAAAUUAAUUUCUCCGUUCUCUCCUCAAUCUACAACUAUUUCGCUUCACAAGCUACAUGACUAUUGGCAAAAAGCAAUUAGACUUAAGAAGCUUGUUCUUCAAGCUGCUCGUAGCAACAUUAAACAUCAACAAAUGCUGUACCGUUAUGAUCAAGGAAGAGCCCAUCCAAUGUAUCAUGUGGACGAUUUAGUAUGGAUUAAGGUAUUGCCUUCACGAUCAAAACUGGAUGAACGGUAUCAUGGGCCGUUUAGAGUGAUUCAGAAAUUAAGUGAAGUUCAUUACUUAGUGGAGCAUAUGGAGGAACACUACCAACGAGAGACUCAUACUAAUGAUAUGAGUCCCUUCUAUAAACGUUGA